GACGACAAUAAGUGUCCUCUUUGAGACAGUAUUAUAUGUUACAGGAAUAAGGCGAUAGCUACCAACAUACGUUCCUUAGAAGUUACAUAAGAUAUGUUCGAAACAUUUUCAGAUCACGGAAGAAAACUUUUAAGACGGCCUAGAAAGACUUCUUGACCUACAUAGACUAGUCAUUGCCUUUCGGUAGGGGUUGGUCCUCAGUUGUCGUCUGCGCUUUUGUGAGUUGCGUAUUGACCUUGCAGAGAAUGGCGAUCACAGCGAACAGAGGUGCUCAGACAAGAUUAAUAUUUUUCAUCCUGGUUUUGACAGUUUUACUUACCCCAGGGUUAUUCGCUGAUGACGGAUGUGGAACGAAAUGUGGCUACAGGACGGUGUGUGGAGAAAAGGGUUGUGUUUGUACGGAUAAAGACGACGCCUUGUUCACAAUCACAAAAACAGAGUCAGCUCUUAUAUACUGUGUUCAAAAUUGCCAGUCAAAUGCUUCAAGCUGUCCCGACAACACCACGUGUAGGGUGCUGACUGCGGGUGAUGAAUGGUUGGGAUGUUACUGCUCAGCUGAGGCCGAACUAUCAGACAGAGGUCAAUGUCAGGGCGAAAGCCAGUUUCCCAAGCCAGCAAAACCUGGUUCUACACGAUCUCCGACAACUUCAGCAACUCGCGAGGUCACUUGGUCAUCGAUAACAAGUCGGAUUUCAGAGCAAGUGACUAGUACGACUUCAAUCACACAUUCUACAGAAUUUUCAAGUCCCACUGAAAUAUCAACAGGAACCCAGACAUCAACUAAAGAGCAUCCUGUAGCCAAAAAUACAUGUAAGUUGUCUCCCAGGUAA